CGAGUACAAGUUUAUAUUAUUCAUUUAUUAUAUCCAACUUGGCUUUCGAAAUGUAUUGGUCGGUGGGCAUAGCCGUUUUGCUGGUAGUGUUAUCUCUCGAAGGGCUAUUGACUCAGCAGCUAUCGAAUGAAGAAGAAAAUGCGAAGAUCGAAGCCAAAAACAAUUGCAAAUGUGUGAGGCAUUUCCAGUGUAAAAACGAUACCAAUAGUAUCGACGUCUUCGGAGAGAAUAUUUUUGCACCAAGAAUACGCAGAAUAGAAUGCAAAGGUGGAGAAAUCACCAACGAAUUAGUUUGUUGCAAACUGGACAACGUCGUCACUACCCAAAAACCCACUGACAGGGAUCAAACUAAUGUGAUACCGGUUGGUCCUACUAAAACUCCUUGCGGUAGUGUCAAGACGUCUGUAAUACCAAGAAUCCACAAUAAAGACGACGACUUGACAGCAGUGGACGGUGAGUUUCCGUGGAUAGUCGCCAUCUUCAAUAGUACCCAAUUCCACUGUGGUGGAACACUGAUUCACCCCAAGGUCGUGCUGACAGCCAAUCACUGUGUGUACAGAAAGAAUCCUAAUGACUUCACAGUGAGAGCAAAUGGAAAAGUCGAUCUCCCUGGAGAAGGUCAAUCUAAAAAAUAUGUUUCGGAAAUUAUCGGGCAUCCCAGAUACGCACAUACUGGCCGGCUCUAUCAUGACGCUGCUUUGCUAAUCCUCGAUACGCCUUUGGUUGAUGAAAAUAUAAACACGCUGUGUUUACCACCUCAAAACUUUGACUUGGAGGGCAGAAAGUGUAUAGUGGCUGGGUGGGGACAGGAUCGAAGCGGAAAAAAUCGUCAAAAACUGAAGAGAGUCGAAUUACCCUUCGUUAGUCGCAACCAAUGCGAGACGCUUAUGAAGAACUCCAGGCUUGGAAGGAACUUCGACCUGCACAGCUCCUUCAUGUGUGCUGGGGGUGAAGAGGACAGAGACGCUUGCAUUGGAGAUGGGGGCGGUCCCUUGGUAUGUGAGAUGCCUUCUGAUCCAAACCAGUUCUUCCAGGCCGGAAUCGUAUCUUGGGGAAUCGGAUGCGGGUUGAAAGAUGUCCCAGGAGUCUACACAGAUGUCAAAAGAAUUUCUGGGUGGAUAGAAGACGAACUAGAGCGUAGAAGUUUGUGUGUUUUGCAGUACUGUUUAUUUGAUAUGAUUGGGCUGGUGAUAUGGACCGUAUUGCUGGCAGCCAUGCCCAUUGGAAGCACUUCGGUGGGGAGUUUAAAAAGAAUCGACAAACGGUCUGUAAGCGAUGACAAUGCUUUAAUCGAAAUUUUACAUAACUGUAAGUGCGUGAGACACUAUCUGUGCGGAGGCGGUAAGAUUAUUACAGAUGGGAGAAAUGUCAUUCAAGGAAGAUUUUUAAAUUUUCCAAUAUUUUGCAAAAGUGAUGAUGGAAUCAAAGGGCAAUUCAUCUGUUGCAAAUUGGAAGCAAUUAAAAAUGAAUCAGUUAGUAACAAGAUAAAUUUUGGAAACAAUGACGAAAAGUUUCCGUGGAUGGCUGCUAUAUUCAGUAAAACAGCUGACGGGAAGUUUGAAUUUAAAUGUGGAGGCUCUUUAAUUAACAAGAAGGUGGUGCUGACUGCCAGUCACAGCGUAAAUGAUCUAUCUUCUGAAGACCUAGUUGUGGUGGUAAGCGGAAAAGAAAAGCGUUCAUUACAGGUCAGCACCGAUAAAGAAAAAAGCUACGUUUCGAAAAUCAUUCGUCAUCCCAGAUAUAACAAAGAAACUCUAAUUAACGACGCUGCCUUAUUAAUUCUAAAAAAAGAAUUCAAGGUUGGAGACGAGAGCACCAUUAAAACACUGAAUUUGCCAUCGCCGGAACAAACCACAGACUUGGAGCCAUAUCAUUGCGUUGUGGCUGGUUGGGGAGAGAUUGCCAAUAAAGCAACUUCGGAUACCUUGAAGAAACUGAAAUUGCCAUUUGUGAAUCACGCCAGAUGCCAGGACCUUCUCAGGAAAACCGCUCUGGGGCCGUACUUUAUACUAAACGACUCAUUUCUAUGCGCUGGAGGAGAGAACGGCACAGACGCCUGUACAGGGGACGGGGGUGGACCGCUGAUGUGUAAAGCUGUGGGUACUAAGGGUUACUUCCAAGCAGGAAUCGUUUCUUGGGGUAUGGGUUGUUUCAAUGAGAAUGUCCCAGGAGUUUACACUAACGUUCAUAAAAUCAGCGAAUGGAUAGAAAACGAAAUAGAUAAUAACACAUAAUAUAUUUUUGUAACUGUGAUAUUGUACAGUUGUCUAUUGUAUUUUACGUGUGCAAUUUUAGAACUAUAAAAGUACAUAGCCUUCAUAAAUGAUUACAAGCCAUGUGACCGCCGAGCUUAGGCGACCAAUAUUUCACGGUUGGUAUUGUCAACUAAAAAUCCCUAAAUCUUAGAGUCACCAAUAAUAAUGAUUCGUUUACAAUGAACAACGACAAACCGUUACGUUUACACUCGAUAUAAUGCGAUCUGUAACUGGUUGAAUAAAAAUCUCGUGAAAAAUUACACUAACCACCAGAAUGUUUUGAUGUAAUCUUGAUCUUAUAGUUUUAAAUUUACCGAAAUUU